AUGUUGUCCCUGGCCUUGCGCCUGCCUGGGGGCCUCCAGUGCCGGGCGCUGGGCAAAGAGACCGGCUCCAAGAGCUUGCCCUCCGACGCUGCAAAGACCUUCGCCGCCGCCAUGGGCGGUGCGCUUGAGGAGCUGCCCGCGCUGCUGCGCAAGGGCGAAGGCGACGAGUGUGCCUGGCUGGACAACCCGGCGCCCAAGCGGCAGGAGAGCUUACGCCCGCGGCUGCCGUACUUCCUGGCGCAGCUGGUCACGGCUGGGGCGGAGGUGAGGCCCACGCAGCCCCACCUGGAGUUGGGCGCUGCCUGCCAGGUGAACGGCAUGCGGGAGGUGCGGAGCCGCUGCAGCUGCGGCUGGGCCAACUCCUUGUGGGACGCCGUGGCCUCCUCCAUCCAAGGGGACACGCGGAACGAGACGGGGCACUGCUGCACCGCGUGCUCCAAGUGCUCCGCGGUUUUGGAGCCCCUGCUGACCUUGCGGAAGCGCCUGCCGAGGGCCGUGAUCGACCGGAGCCACUCGGAGCUGAGCAUCUCCACCUCCGCCAUCGCGGGGGACGCCGCGCAGAUCCACCUGCUCAUCGUGAAGGAGUGCCUCAAGCGCAUCGCCUCCCGGAACCUGGAGACCUCCGAGAAUCUGCUGGAGGACGAUCCGGAGGUCUACUGGUGUCUUCAGGUCUUCUUUGGCUUGAAGGCCGAGGUCUUUUGGCGCUCCAGCGGGCCCUUGGUGAGUCUCUCGGUGACCAGCUUCAAGGACAUGUGCAGGAACUUCCUGGCGGAGGCCAAGGCCCAGGAGGGCGAGCCCAGUUUGCCAGGUGCUGUUGCCACAGAGGACAGCAAGGAAGAAGUCGCGGCGGCCGCUUUGCCUAAGGAGGCCGUGCAGAACGUGGAGACCUUCGAACAGCUCGCCAAGAAGGUCUCCUCCCGGCGCCACCACAGUGUCGAGCCGCCGGCCAGCUUCCCCACGGAAAGGGAGCCCUCGCCAGGCAUCCUGAAGCGUGGCUCCCGGCGCGCCUCCACCGCCCGCACCAUCACCUUGGGGGACAUCGAGGACGCGCCUGAGGAGGAGUCCAAGGAAGCUAGCCGGCCAAAGGAGCCGGAAGUGCCGGAGCUGUCCUUUGUGCAUGUGAACAUGGAGGCGCUGCUGGAGCCGUACCCUGAGCUCCCGGCGCCGCCGGUGCUGAAGCAGCGGCCCCGCGCCGAGCGGCGGCGCUCAGGGCCUGCUCGCCCACGGGCCUUCAAAGAGGAGCGUUCUGUGAGGCAAGUAGGGAGCCCUUCCAGCCCCUUCCGCGCCCCAGUGCGGGUGAAGAAGCCAGCAACCGUGGUGGCCAAACAUCGGCCCUUGGUGGUGCUCUUGCCGGGCGAGGGCUAUGCCAAGCGCUCCAAGGCAGUCGCCUUCGAUUCCCCGCGGAAAGGACGUGCAGGCUACUCCUCCAUGGAUGAGGAGAAUAGGCUGGUGCAGGAGAUUGCACAGCUCUCACGGAGGAUUGAGCAGCUGCGAGCGGGGAAUGGCUAA